GUAACAGAAGUUUGCACGGAAGUAUAAAACAAUUGGAAAAAAAGUUUUCCAAAUUCGUUUGGAAUUUGAAAACAGACGGAACCCAACAAUUCCGCGUCAGCUCAGCUGGUUUCUUCUUGCUUUGUGCGCAUCACGUGGCGAAAAUUAGAUUUCUUCAGCUAAAACCCAUCAAAUGUCUCUCUCUUUUGGGUCUCUUUCUCGCCUGUUUCUGAAGCUCAUCGGCAGCUGCGGAACUUAGUGUUCAAACAGGGUCUUCGUCGACGGUUUUGUGCAAGAAUCUGACCUCUGCUUCUUUUUUCUUUUAGCUGUUCUUCUAAUACCCCAUGGCGGAAAAUAUCUUUUUCUUCAACAAGGAUACUCUGAUAAUAAAACCUCCCAAGAAAUCUCCUCUGCUGUUAAGGAUGGCCGUUUUGAUGUUUGCAAUGGUCUGCAGUGUUUAUGUAUGCUCAAUCUGUCUGAAGCAGUUAAAUACUCACACCAAGGCAAGAUUCCUUAGGGUUCAAAUUGCCGAGUGUCCCGAGCAAAGUAUUAGACUAACAAAAGUCCCACGAGAGCAUUAUCCAAGACCCAAAACUUUUAACAGGGCCGAAUGCUUGAAUAAUCCAGUGAGAUUCUUUGCGAUUGUGUCGAUGCAAAGGUCUGGAAGUGGAUGGUUUGAGAGUCUUCUGAAUAGCCAUGUUAAUGUAAGCUCUAAUGGAGAGGUAUUUUCUGUUUUGGAUCGGCGAAAAAAUAUUACUGCUAUAGUACAGACUUUAGAUAGGAUUUACAAUUUGGACUGGCUCAGUAGUGCUUCUAAGAACCAUUGUUCUGCAGCAGUUGGCUUCAAGUGGAUGCUUAAUCAGGGAUUGAUGCAGCACCAUGAAGAAAUAGCAGACUACUUCAACCGUAGUGGUGUUUCUACAAUUUUUCUCUUCCGAAGAAACCUACUACGUCGUAUUGUUUCGGUUCUUGCUAAUUCGUUUGACCGUUAUGCUAAGAUGUUGAAUGGAACCCACAAAUCGCAUGUACAUUCUCUAGAAGAGGCCAAUGCACUUUCCAAGUACAAACCUGUCAUUAAUUCCACGUCGUUGAUCUCUGAUUUGGAGGGAAUGGAGGCAAUGAUUGCAAAGGCUUUAGAGUAUUUCAGUAACACAAGGCACAUCAUUUUGUACUAUGAAGACCUGGUAAAUAACCGAACGAGACUGAAAGAUGUUCAAGAGUUUCUUAACCUGCCACCAAUGGAACUAACAAGCCGCCAAGUUAAAAUACACAAAGGACAAUUGUCCGAUCACAUCAAGAAUUGGGAAGAUGUUAAGGCGACUCUUAACGGAACUGCUUACGAGCAACUUCUUCGUGCAGAUUACUGAGGUAUCUAUAGUUUUUCAGCUUGAUUUUUGAGAGGUUCUGUAAAGAAAAUGGCCUGCCAGUUCUUAACCAAGAAGAUGAACCAGUCUGAACGGUGUUUGGCUGACGUUCUUUGGAGUGUUAUGACCGUUUCUUUCAUCCCAUUCAAUCAAUCUUCGCUGAUUGAGGGCCAACCCCUUUUUGGUUUUAUACUCUGUUUGACCAAACUGAAGUGUACAUGUAAUGUAAGCCAACUGUUGUGAUAUAUUGAGUUAUUGUUUUAUUCAAUCUGCAGAAGUAUGAGCUUUUCUGGUGUGGCUUGAAUUUCUACUUGUAAUGACUAAUUAAAUACUCCAAUUAGAGGAAAUCUUGUUGCA